CUGGCUGUCAGAACUAAGUUCCCACCUAUUUUGGUUCCUACCUAGAUGCACAUACAAGUUAAUAAGGCGGAACAAAUUCUCUGUCGAAUCGUCGUUUCCUCACGUACAUGUUUAAUCCUUACACCAAUAGAAAAUAUGCUCUGUUGUUGCCACGCUAUUUAGAGCUCGAAGGCUAAUAGUUGCUAAAGGUUCGAGAUCAUCGCUAUAAUUCCCUCCUAAGGCAUGUGUGCAGCCAUUAAGCUGGCCUGGGAACGCCUCGGUGUCCUCCUGUUGGAGCUGGAGGAGGUGGCCGGGGACCGGGAAGCCUGGACUGCUGCCCCCGCGACCUGGACCCGGAUAAGCGGAGAAAAAUGGACGGAUGGAUGUCUGCACCUUUAACAUCCCUUCCCCUUUUUCGGAGGGAGCUAAAGGAAGCAUGAAUGUGGACAGGAGGCGGACGAGUAUCUGAGCCGCCGGGAGCUGAGCAGCAGUGGAAGUUACUUGUCAUCGUAUAGUCGAUAAAGCUUCGCACGAUGGACACGGUCCCCAUAACCGCCCCAAUCUUCUGUGAUUGUUGGUAUCGGAUCCACGACUGAUGGUCCGGAUGGAAGACUCAAGGUCAGCUUCUCAAACCUCCUGUAAUGGUUGAAGAGGCAAACUGAUAUUGUUCUUCAGAAUCUGAAGCGGACAUCUCCCAUCCCAGCUGGUCACCAUGAACACCUCAGUCCUUCCGCCCUCCAAUGACACUGACACCCCCCUCUGCUACUCCAUUAACAGCCCUCCAUUUAAGUACGUGCCCACCAUCGCCUCAGCCUACUUCUCCUCCAUCUUCAGCGCUUUGGGUCUCACCUCCAACCUCAUCGCCUUCGUGGUUCUUCUCAAGUCGUUCCGGCAGACCCACAGCAGCGCUCGCUCUUCCUUCCUCAUCUUUCUGGGAGGCCUGGUGGUCACCGACUUCAUGGGCCUGUUGGUCACAGGCACCAUCGUGGUCUCCUUCCACGUCACGCACUUCAACUGGCGCACCUUAGACCCCCGCUGCCACUUCUGCAACUUCAUGGGCAUGUCCAUGGUCUUUUACGGACUGUGCCCGCUGCUGCUCGGCGCCGCCAUGGCCGUGGAGCGCUUCAUCGGCAUCAAUCGCCCAUUUGCACGCACCGCCAGCACGCCCAAGAGGCGAACGGUCUCCAUGUUGCUGCUCGUGUGGAUGAGCGCUGGCUCCGUGGCGUCCUUGCCCCUCACCGGCAUCGGGAGCUACCACGUGCAGAUGCCCGGAUCCUGGUGCUUCUUAAACAUCAGCCCAGGAGGCACCGACCUGGCCUUUUCCCUGCUCUUUUCCCUGGUGGGGCUGACCUGCAUCGCCGUGUCCUUCGUGUUGAACACCGUCAGCGUCGUUACCUUGGUCAGGGUCUGCUGUGGGCGGGGCAACACGCAACGCCGGCGAGACCAGGAAGUGGAGAUGAUGGUGCAGCUCAUCCUCAUCAUGGCCAUCGCUUCCAUCUGCUGGUGUCCUCUGCUGGUCUUUAUUGCACAAACUGUGCUGAGUGGACGUCCUCUACAGGUCGUAUACCUUCUCCUGUGGCUGCGCUUUGCCUCCUGGAACCAGAUCCUGGACCCGUGGGUGUAUAUCUUGUUUCGCCGCUCGGUAUUACACAGAAUCCACCCCCGAAUGAACUGGUCCCGGUGGUCCACGCUCAUCCUAAACCCAUCUCUGAGGGACACGGUUCACAGGUUCAGACGUUCUUCUUCACUCGGUCGGCCUCUUAGCGCAGAGGAAACGGAACAGACGGAAAAAAGAAACAAUACCGUAUAAUACCGUAUAUAUAUAUAACAGUAUACCUUAAAGCCGCAUCUUACUGAAGGACGACUUACACUGAUAGCGGGUGGAGGAUAUUCAUGGCCUCGUGUUUUGCAGUAUUAAUUAACCACAUCCCCCAAAACCAGGCAUGCAUGUGAAAAAGUACACAAACCACUACAUAAGCUACAAAACAGGAAAACCACAGUAUACUCUCUCACGGACAAAUUAGUUUUUUCACUAUUCUUCUUUCUUAAUUUAUUUCAGACAUGCAUACUAGUAUGUUACAUUAUUGUUUCACACAUAUACACUUACAAUACAAUACACCAAAGUGCAUCAAAAAACACAAUUAUUGAAUUUUGAUAUGUCCGGGUACUAAAAGUGUUCCAAUAUAUGUAGAAACAACACAUAGAAAAUAUUUUUCCAAUACAUGAUUAUUUAGGGGUGCCACCAUACAUCAUCUUUAUGUUUUUGUGGAAUAAAGUGGUGAACAGUUCAAUGGUCGCCAUGGAGAUUUGAGGUCAGCAAAGACUGCAGCUCAAGAAUAAUAAUAAUAAUAAUAAUAAUACAUUUUAUUUGUAUAGCGCUUUUCAAGAUAUUCAAAGACACUUUACAAAAGAAUGAAGUUGAAUAGAGCAAGUAAACAGAAUAAAAGACACACCAAAAUACAACAUUCAUUGGUUAGUACACAGUUAAAAAAAAAAAAAAAAAAAAAAAAACUCUCAUGUGAUCUUUAUGUUUUUGUUGGUAUUUAUACUCCUAUGACAUGUUACAGUAAACCUCGGAUAUAUCGGAAAUUCGCUCACAACGGACAGAUAAAAAAGAACCGAUUUUUCUGUAAUGCAUUUCCAAUAAAAAUUCAUUGCAUAUAUCGGAUUUUUUUAGAAUGGAUUUUGCCUAUUUCGGACAAAAUCUCCAGUCCCGUUCCAAUGCAUUUCCAUGAAAUUUCCCUCGCAUAUAUCGGAUGGCCGCAUCCGAUUCGCCGAAUCGUGGCUAUCGCUAUACGACGUCAUUUGCAGCGUUUGCAGCGUUGCCUGCGCGUCCAGGUACAUUGGAAACAUAGUCAAGGAAGUGCCUUUUUAUAACGGAUAAAAUCCCAUUUACGCAUAUACCGGAUAUAAAUCCCAUAUAUGCGUAAAACGGACAUUUUCCGGUAUACGCAUAUAACGGAUUUCGCUUAUAUCGGACAAAACCAGUGGGAACAAUUGAAUCCGAUAUAUCCGAGGUUUACUGUACUACCAAAUUUACGGUUUUGUCUUAGUAAUUUGAAUGAUUUGUAGUCAUAUUUAUCGGUAUUUAGUGCUCAUUGCCUCUACUGUAGCUAACAUUAGCUCGCUACAGUUUGCUAAUGACAGUUAGCUAAUAGCUGAGCAAGCCUAACAUCAACAACAGUAAUAUAGAGUAGACAGUUUUACUGAUGCCAAAGCGACACCUGAAAACACCUGUUUUCAAUUCAUGGAAAAAUAAUAACAAUAAUUACUGUAGGGGAACACAUUUCCAUAAUAGAGUUCCAAGAGUUCAGCUUCUCAAAACAAUAUGCGUUCAAAAGAGUAAAAAGAUCUGCAAAAAAAAAUGGCCAGCAGACUCAAGUCUUGAUUGAAGUUUUAUUAUUAGUUAUUAUUAUUAUUAUUAUUUUUCACCUAAAUUUACCACUUUAUUCUCGUAAUUUACAAGUUUAUUCUUGUAAUAUUACACUUUUCCGAGUUUGUUCGUGUAAUAUUACAACUUUAUUCUCAAUUAUUUUUUUUUUCCUCAUUGUCGCCCUAAUACUCCGUAAGUACUACCUUUAACAAUAUCUCGGAAAAUGUGCCUCUGGCCAAGAAAAUGUGCUUUUCACUCUAUCAAUUCCUAUUUGUGUGAAUGGUCAGACAUCAAAGUUUAUUGUUAUCUAAAAACAGCCUUGGAGACUAUUUAUACAAAUACUGCAUUUGGGAUUCAGACAGUACUUAAAUAACCAGAAGUACUGUUUAGCCGCACUACAAUAACUAGUAUGCAUGAUUGUCAAAUAUGCUUUUGUUGUCCGAUGAUGCAAAAAAAAUGUGAAUGUAGCUCGACCGAUGUUUAGACGAGGUCGUUGCAUGUUGUAUGCAAGUUUUCUUCCAAUACCAAUGUAAUACUUCGACUGAAUACACUAUACCCACGACUCUGUGAUUUCCUUCAAUUCAGCUAAAUGUUGUGGUUUGCCAUAAAAAUAUCUAUAUUGUCUCAGGCAAUGCCUGCAACAUAAAGUUUAAUUAUUAGUUAUUAUUAUUAUUAUUUUUCACCUAAAUUUACCACUUUAUUCUCAUAAUUUACAAGUUUAUUCUUGUAAUAUUACACUUUUCCGAGUUUGUUCGUGUAAUAUUACAACUUUAUUCUCAAUUUUUUUUUUCCUCAUUGUCGCCCUAAUACUCCGUAAGUACUACCUUUAACAAUAUCUCGGAAAACGUGCCUCUCGGCUAACUUUUAUUCAUAACAUGGCGGCAAAACAGAGCAGUUGAGCACAAACAGAUUAGCAUGUCUAGUCCUUCUCACUUUGCCCCCCCCCCCAUACUUUUCAUAGUCGUCUCACGCAACGCCUGCAACAUAAAGUUGUAUUAUUAGUUAUUAUUAUUAUUAUUUUUCACCUAAAUUUACCACUUUAUUCUCGUAAUUUACAAGUUUAUUCUUGUAAUAUUACACUUUUCCGAGUUUGUUCGUGUAAUAUUACAACUUUAUUCUCAAUUUUUUUUUCUCAUUGUCGCCCUAAUACUCCGUAAGUACUACCUUUAACAAUAUCUCGGAAAACGUGCCUCUCGGCUAACUUUUAUUCAUAACAUGGCGGCAAAACAGAGCAGUUGAGCAAAAACAGAUUAGCAUGUCUAGUCCGUCUCACUUUGCCCCCCCACCCCCACCCCCAUAUUUUUCAUAGUCGUCUCAGGCAAUGCCUGCAACAUAAAGUUUAAUUAUUAGUUAUUAUUAUUAUUAUUUUUCACCUAAAUUUACCACUUUAUUCUCAUAAUUUACAAGUUUAUUCUUGUAAUAUUACACUUUUCCGAGUUUGUUCGUGUAAUAUUACAACUUUGUUCUCAAUUUUUUUUCUCUCAUCAUAUUUAUACAAAUACUGCAUUUGGCAUUCAGACAGUACUAAAUAACCAGAAGUACUGUUUAGCCGUACUACAAUAACAAGCCAGUGUUGUUGCUGUCUAUUUAAAAAGAUCACCAUCAGACAACAACUGAUGUGAAACACUUAAAAACUUAUAUUAGGUUAAACAUUACAAAAAAAUAUUGAUAUUGUAAAUAUUGUAAUAAUGAAAGGUUAGCCAGAACGACCUUCGUUUUUAAUGAACGUUCAUUCAUGUCUAUAAUUUGUGUUAUUGUUGAGGAGCCUUGAACUAAACAUUCACUAUCACUGCUUUUUAUCAGCAGGAAAAAGCUUCACUGUGGCUUAUCUAAAUUCCUGCUUUUCAUCACUUUUUUCCUGCCGCACUACUUUCUACUUCCUGCCUGGCAGAUUCUUAGGAAGCUUUUACAUAAGUAUCUGAAAAGUAAAUAAAGACAUAAUGGGGUUGGGGGGGGGGGGGGGGUGUAAGAACUGAAGUGGUGUGUUUUAUUCAUGCUUGAAGGAUACACAAGCCUCCAGUUCAGUGGCAGCAGUGCUUAAACUACUCAGCAGGCUACCUUUAAAUGUAGUAGACGUAGAAGUACACAGGCUCGGAAAAAAGAUGGAGAAGAUUGUCAUGAAGAU